AUGUCUAGAAGAGGCCGAUCCAAGCCUGGAGCCUCGUCUCCGGGCGGCAGCGAGCCUCCCCAGGGUCAGGGCAUCCACGUCCGCCUGUUCUGGACCAAAGAAGGGGAGAGGUACCUGUCCCACAGCUCGGGGAAGGUCACGGCCGAGGAGCUGUGCAUCUCUGCUGCAGAGGCUGUUGGGAUCACCCCUCUGUGCUAUGUGCUGUUUGCGCUGUACAACCCGCUGACGCGCUGCUGGUACAGUCCAAACCACGUUUUCAGUCCCGAGGAGAACUCCAGCCUUGUGCUUCACUUCUGCAUGAGGUUUUACUUUCGGAAUUGGCACGGAAUGAAUAAGACGGAGCCAACUGUUUGCCGCUAUGCACACAAAUCCGGGACAAACCAGAGGGGUCCCCUUCUGCUUGAAAUUUCCUCUCUGGAGUAUUUGUUUUCCCAGGCAAAAUAUGAAUUUGUGAAUGAAGUGCAGAUAGAAGAUAUGCAGUCAGAAGAGGAAGUAAGUCGAUUUAAAAACGAGUGCUUGGGGAUGGCGGUACUUCAGCUCACGCACCAGGCGUUAGAAACCGAGUCUACUUUACAAGAUGUGGCGGCAAAAGUCAGCUUCCUGCGCUGCAUUCCCAAGUCUUUUGCAAAGCAUAUUUCCAAAGACAACUUCCUGACUAAAAUCAGGAUCCGGCGGGUGUUUGCAGACUUUGUGCGCUGCUUCCAGCAGCAAACGGUGGAUAAAGGCCGGCUGAGCGCCCAGGAGAUCAUAUACAAGUACAUCUUCACUCUGGAACACUUGGCCCCAUGCUUCGGCACAGAGACUUUCCCCGUGGCUCACCUGGAGCUGCGAGAGGACGGCGACAGCAGCUCCUACCCCAACACGGCGCGCGCCCAGGGCGUCUCCAAGGACUACUUCGGCGCUCCGGCCACACAUGAGAUAAUGGUGUCUGGCCCCAAGGGGAUCCAGUGGAGGAAGGCGACGGCUCAGAAGGCCCAGGACAAUCCUUACCUCAGGAACGACUACCUGAACUACACGAAGAAAACCAAGCAGCAGCAGGCCGGCUCUCAGAACGCUGACACUCCCAACAAAUGGACUCUCUUUUGCGAUUUCCCAGAAAUAACUCACAUAGCCAUUACCGAAGCUAAUGUGCACAUUAGCACUCUGGACAAUCGGUGCAUGGAGGUUCAAAUGAACUCCAGCCAGGAGGCCCGUUCCUUCAUCUCCCUCCUAGAUGGAUACUACCGACUGACUGCAGACGCCCACCACUAUCUUUGUCGUGAAGUGGCUCCCCCAAGGGUAGUGCUGAGUGAAGCAAAUCUACUGCAUGGGCCUUUGCAUGAUGAUUUUGUGCUGCUCAAGCUGAAAAAGGAGGCAGCAGAGGAGGGAGCCUUCCUCGUUCGCUGGAGUGCUGUUGACUAUCGCCGCAUCAUCCUAGCUGUGCUGAACAAGAAUGAGAACGGUCCCACGCCGAGCCACAAGCAGUUCCGUAUUCAGCACAAGGGUUCGGUGUUCAGUCUGGAGGGCUGGGACCGAGAAUUCUCCGGCAUGAAGGAGCUCACAGAAAGCCUCAAGACCUUCAUCCUCAAGUCUGGUUCAGACAGCUUCACUGUCAAAAAAUGCUGCGCGCCAAGACAAGGAGAGCUAUCCAACCUGCUUGUGAAGAGGCAAGGUGUCGAACACUGCGUUCAGAGGAAAUCCUUCUCCCUGAACUUCACCCAGCUGCGCUUCCACCAGAUCAAGGACAAAGAGAUCAUACAGGAGAGGCAUCUGGGUCGCGGCACCAGAACCAACAUCUACUCGGGUCGGCUGCUCGUGCGGGGAGGAGGAGACGACGACGACGACGAGUUCAACAACAACCACGCCGAUCGCAGAGGCAUCCGAGUGGUUCUCAAGAUCCUAGACCAGAGCCAUAAAGACAUUGCUCUAGCAUUCUUUGAAACCGCAAGUCUCAUGAGCCAAGUAUCCCACAGCCACCUGGUGUUUAUUCACGGCGUGUCUGUCAAAGGAUUGGAAAACAUCAUGGUGGAGGAGUACGUGGAGUUCGGAUCUUUAGACGUUUUCCUGCGCAAAGAGAGGACGGCUGUGACUCCCCGGUGGAAAUUCAUCGUGGCAAAGCAGCUGGCCAGCGCCCUCAAUUACCUUGAGACCAAGCGUCUGGUUCAUGGCAACGUCUGCGCAAACAACAUUCUGGUGGCGAGACGCGGUCUGGAGCAGGACACGACUCCUUUCAUCAAGCUGAGCGACCCGGGGAUCGCCUUGAACGUCCUUUCACGGGAAGAGCGUCUGGAGCGGAUCCCGUGGAUUGCCCCCGAGUGUGUGGACAGCGGCGCUCCCAUCGGCAACGCCGCUGACCAGUGGAGCUUCGGCGUCACGCUGCUCGAAAUCUGCAACAACGGCAAUCUCCCCAUGAGCGGCAGCACAUUGUCCGAGAAAGAGCGCUUUUAUCAGCGAAAGGGCCGUUUGCCCGAGCCGUCCUCCCAGGAGCUGGCCCGGUUCAUCAGCAUGUGUUUGACCUACGAGCCGGAGAACAGGCCGUCGUUCCUCACUGUGCUCAGAGAACUCACAGAAAUCAUGAUUAAAGACCCUGAUUUUUCCACCAGUGAAACUCUUCCAAUCAUAGAUCCCAACGUUUUCCAUAAACGCCACCUGAAAAUGAUGCGGGUCUUGGGAGAGGGACACUUCGGGAAGGUGACGCUGUACCUGUACGACCCCGCCAACGAUGGGACGGGCGAGCGCGUGGCAGUGAAGGCUCUGAAGCAAGAGAGCGGCCACGUGCUGGACGGCUGGAUUAAAGAGAUCGAGAUCUUGAAGUCGCUCGAUCACAGCAACAUUGUCAAGUACAAGGGUUGCUGCACUGAGCUGGGAGGACAAGUGGUGCAGCUAAUAAUGGAGUACCUUCCUCUGGGGAGCCUGCGAGAAUACCUUCCCAAACGGAAAGUCGGCUUACCUCAGUGCCUCAUGUUUGCUCAGCAGAUCUGUCAGGGGAUGGACUACUUGCACACAAAGCGAUACGUCCACCGAGAUCUAGCUGCCCGCAACGUGCUCGUGGAAAAUGACGGCUUGGUGAAGAUUGGCGACUUCGGCCUGACAAAAUACAUCCCCGAGGGAGAGAUCUACUACCGUGUCCGUGAGGAUGGAGACAGCCCGGUUUUCUGGUAUGCUAUUGAAUGCUUGAAGGAGGGCAAAUUCUCCUUUUCCUCUGACAUUUGGUCCUUUGGAGUGACGCUCUAUGAGGUCCUGACUCACUGCGAGCCUCGCCGCAGCCCUCCAGCAAAGUACAAUGAAUUGAUGGACGUGGGGGAUGUACAGAUGACCGCGAUGGUCCUCAUAAAACUGCUGGAGAGAAACCGGCGAUUACCGUGUCCAAACGAAUGCCCUCAUGAGGUGAAAACGAUCAUGGAGCAGUGCUGGAGUGGAGAUCCUGCCAAACGGCCGACGUUUGAAUCCCUGACCAAGGCGUUUCAGGACAUACGCCAGAAGUACGAAUGGCAGUUCUCCGGCAUAAACUUCUCGCUGUCUCAGAUUUGCUGAUGAGGACUCGGUGAAAACUGACUCGACGACAUGUCUUCUGUAGAGUAGCCAGUGGCAAGUGAACGUGCUUCACUCAUAUAGCGCUUCAGACUGUUAGAGACACACACACACACACACACACACACACACACACACACACACACACACUGAUAGUAACAGCUGUCAUACAAAGCGCUCGACCUCAGUUGGGAGCAAUUAGGGGUCCAGUGCCUUGCCCAAGGACACUUUGAUUCAUGGAGUGGGCAGGAAAAGGCGGGGAGUCAAACAACCAACAAUUGCAUUGGAGAACGAGCCACUCGACCAGCUGAGCCGUCGCUGCUCAAUACUGAGUUUCUUGGUGUGCAACUCCUCCUUCCUCUAUUUGGGUAUCUCCAACGGCUUUCUGUGAUAAAAGCACACACACCACCACACCCCUUUCAAAUGUGAUAUUAGUCACAGAACGAUAACAUCAGUAGUUGGUUUCCCUUUGAUAACCUAAACAUCCCAGGUAAGGAUAUUAUGUGCUUACUCAGCCACUAAAUGUCAGCUGUUUUUUUUUUCUUUUCUUUUGCAAGAUGUAGGUGUUUGCAUAAUCACUGUAUGUGUCAAGAAAUUCUAUAUUGGUUGCCUGUCUUAUAUUGUGUUUUAUUUUUGUACAAUUUUGAGUGUGUUAACUUGUCCUUGCAUUUUGUAAACUAAAUCAGAUAAAGUAAAAAUAAACCAUUUCCCACAGGCCCUUG